AAUGGCUGAGGCACAGCUGGUUGUGUCAGAUGGCAAUCAGAAGUUAUUUCCCUGUGAAGUCUGUGGGAGAUGCUUUGCAACAGAUGUUCUGGAAAGACAUGGACCGAUAUGCAUAAAACUAUUCAACAAAAAACGCAAACCCUUCAACUCCUUAAAGCAGAGAUUACAGGGAACGGACAUUCCCACUGUGAGCAAAGCUCCUCAAUCCAAGGCUCAGCCCAUGAGGAAAUCUAACUGGAGACAGCAGCAUGAGGAUUUCAUCAAUGCAAUCAGAUUGGCAAAACAGUGCACUCUAGCCUUGAAAGAGGGCCAGCCCCUCCCACCCCCACCUCCUCCAACCAUCAACCCAGAUUAUAUUCAAUGCCCUUACUGUAUGAGGAGGUUUAACGAAACCGCUGCCCAGCGACAUAUUAAUUUCUGCAAAAAUCAGACCUCUCGGCGCGUCUUCGACUCAAACCAAAUGGCAGCCAGACUGGCAGCCAGAGCUCAGGGUAAGGCCCCGGCGAGUCCCAAAAAAUAACCAACUGUUACGAGUGCUGUGGGUGCCCUUCGGCAUAGCAGGACUGUGGAGACCAAAAAAUAAAAACCGACAGCCUGGCUAGUUCCAGUAAGUCAGAGCACGCACCAUGUGCUUGUGUUGUCAAGUCAUGGGAGCAGAGCCUCUGUCCUGCUGCUGUGAUGACCAGCUGGUGAGCAGUAAAUGAGAAAAUGGCAUCCCGUG